AACUUCCAAUUUCUUCAAGCGGACAAUUUUCUUUAGCUAUAAAAAAAUUGGGCCAUAUUCGUCAUGGCAGCCGACAGAGGAUGACCAAAGUCAUAUUUUUUUAUUUUAAAAAAUUGCUAAUGUUAAAAUAAUAUUAAACUUUUAAAGUGGUCAUUUGUGCUUUGCUGUUAAUAUAUAUUUUUAAGUUCUUAAAAGUAUUUUAAAAACCUUUUUUUCAUUACGCUCUUAUUCAAAUAUAUGUAUUUGGCCUUGGGCAUGCUUGUUUUACCUGAACAAUUCCCUGAUGUCUACAAUAACUUAAAAAAAGAAGCUUUGAAGUUUCAUCCCAACCCUUCUAUCUUGAUAUUUGUAGCGGCUGAUGCCGAUGCCGUGUGCAGUUGCCGAAUUUUAACCACCCUUCUCUGCUCUGAUUUUAUUCCAUUCGAAUUGGCACCUGUAACUGGUUAUCACGACAUCAUCGAUUGUUCGAAAACUCUUCUUGUUGAAAGUGAUCGGUUUAUAGCUGUAGUCAUGAUCAAUUGCGGAGCUAAUAUGAGAAUUUAUGAAGAAAUGAAAAGAAUUGGCGUUGAUGUUGAUAAUUUUUGUUUUUAUCUCAUCGAUAGUCAUCGUCCUCUCGCUCUUACUAAUGUGUACAGCCAUCACUUCCAAGAAGAUAAUGUAGUUGUCUUUGCCACUGAGCAACUUUUAAAUGAUGAGAAGUUUCCCUCCUUGGAAGAUUAUGAAGCAUAUUUAAAGAGCCAAGAGUUGGAUGCUUCUGACGAAUCAACCACUGAAAACGAAUUAACUGACACAGAAGAAGCUGGUUCAACCAAUCAAAGCGAGUAUGAAGACAUCAACCCUUUACCCGUUGGCAGCAGUAGCUCUCAUUUAAUGCAUGAAAAUAGUGAAACUUCUAAUAAAAGAAGAAAGGGAUUAAGUGAUUCGAAAUUGGACCAUAAAAGGCAUAAGCAAGAAAGUAAAAGGCGUUCUACUCAGAAGACUUUGGAAUAUCUUACAGAAUCCUACUACGGCGUGGCUUCCAGUUUCCUAAUGUACAACUUAGCCUUGUCUUUAAACAAAGAAAACAACUCGCUUCUCUGGCUCGGCAUCAUUGGGUUGAGCGAGCAGCGCAUAUUUGAUUAUAUUGAUAGCGAAACGUAUCAAGCAACUCUUGCAACUUUGCGCCAGGAAGUAUCUCGUAUGAACGCUGAUGAUGCUUUAGUGGGGGCCUGUAGAAAUAAUAUAGAAGAAGGGAGUUUCAUUAAAUUCGAGGAAGAACUUCCUUUUGUUGUUGUCCGUCAUUGGACGCUUUACGACAGUAUGGUCCACUCGCGCUACAUUGCUACUCGACUGAACACGUGGAAGGAAAGUGGGAUUGCCAGACUUAAUACCUUAUUGGUUAAAAUGGGGCUCUCCUUGAAACAGUGCAAGCAGAAAUAUUCGACGAUGCACCCAUUGCUCAAAUCCCGUCUAAAAAAAAUGCUGAAGGAAUACGGCGCCACUUUUCACUUGCACGAUCCCCUUUUUCCUUCGUUUUACCGCCUCUUGCCGCAUCAGGGGUCCAUGUCAGCUAGCGACUUUGUAUAUUCCAUCAACGCGUUGUUGACGGCCCCGUGCAUCGGAAAAGGAGACUCUCUCGUUUUUACUCGCGAUUGGAUAAGAGUAAAUUUUUUUAGGGCUUAUGAUUCGCUUUCAGAAAAGAAACCAGAACUUAUUCUGGAAGGGCUAAAACUGGCCAUUGAGCAACACCGUUUCAUAUUAUCUCAAGUUUCCGCCAUAUUGGAGCAGCGCGUCGUUUUUCAAACGCGUCCGCUUCGUCAUGCGUAUAUUUCUACUUGCCAUCCAAUGCUCUCGUCUCCUUUGAUUCUCACUACCAUUGCGCUUUUUCUAUUGGACAUUUAUAGGGAAGCAGGCCUUCCUAUUAAACCAUUUAUUGUUUGGGCUGCGCAAGUAAACUCUGACACUGCUUUGGUGGUGGGUGUGGCGGGAAUGAACAAGCACGGCGACCUUGAAAAGAACACUUUCGGCCAGGUUUUUGAGAGGGCCGCCCAGGAAACGAAAAGCACUUUUCGACACGACAACUUCAACACUUCGCCUUUACGACUGAUUUUUUCGCUUGAGUGGUGCUUCCCAUUACUGUUCUUCGAGUUCGAGUCUGACUUUUACUUGAAAACUACACAAGGGCCCCUUAUAAUCAAAUAAAUGCAACCAUGAACCUUUAUUAACCCCAUAGAGGUUGUUGGUUACUAUGUUUACCACUUGUCGCCAGAGUUUUGACCGUUAGAAGGUUAAAAGGCUGCUUAUCUCGCGACAUAAAGAAUAAUCGGGGAGAAGCAUGCCUGACUGUCAGCAUAUUAAUUGCCUACCAAACGGCGGCACUCGAGGUCGAUGUUUUAACGCCCUUCACUCGUUCCGGGACUGCUUGCCCUUGUACUCUAUCAGGAGAAAAACACCUGGGGGCAUUUGGGCUAACCCAUACAAGUGGGGAUACUGUAAAUAAG